UAAAAACCUUGAAAUGGAUCUCAUCCGGUUCAAACACUCCUUUUCACGCUACAUCUGUCUUUUCGGCAUUCAAUUACUCAUUUAACCUCCUUUUCCCAUCUCUCCCAUCAAAUCUCUCUUUUCCUCUCUAGCUGCCCCUUUGUUCUUCGAUGAUCUCAUCUACAGAAUCCAGUGUAUGCGAGCCAUACCCAUGGGAAUAUACAUGAUGGCGACGGACCUGAAGCGCCGUUGGACUGAAUUCUUCCUCUACGUGCUGGGAAUAGUGGGGCUGGUUGCCUUUGCUGGGUUGAGGGUUGGUUUGACACGUCACACUAGGUCUAUGUCUCUGGGCCUUGUCGACCUAGAAGUCCUCAUCUAAUCCGGCCGUCCCCAUGAUCGUAUCCAUGCCGGGAUCCAAAAGGUAAAACGAGAAACAAGGCUGAUACGAAGGAAUGUCAUCCACAAGCAACUUAAUCAGAACCACUGUUCUGUGAAUGGUUGCCUAUCUGAUGAUCCAAAUUCGAGGUCAAUUGAGUUCACAUGUCUUGAAUCUGUUCCUGGAACCCAUUAUUCUCUAGAACACAUACUCAGUUUACUAUAGGCAAUUUGGCCUCACAGUAGUGACUAUCUACCUACAAGAGAGAAUUUCAAGGAUUCCAUUUCAUUUCUUAGGGAGAACAAGGCGGAUCUUACUAUGUUAAGGUAAAAAAAUGAAAUAAAAGGUUUUUUCUGCUCUUUGUAUUAUUAUCAGUGGAAUAGGAAAAAUGCAAUGUUGGUUAUGUUGCAAAAUCUAAAAGGAAAAAGAGAAAUCAACGAAGUUGAACCUUGAGCAGGUAAUUGUUGAAUCCAUUUUGCUUUUCUUUCUUUUUCUUAUUUUAAGUUUAUGGCUUAUUAUGAACAAAUUUGAUGAAUUUCCAGAAAGUGAAGCUCAUUCUUAUAAUUUGCUUCAUCUGAUCUUUCUUUGAAUUAUUUAGUCAUGUUUUUCUUAUUCU